CUAUACUCCACAAUCAGUGCCAGCAGGAAGUGGUGACUUGAUAAACUUAGCGUGCAGUUUUUCUAUCCACGCGAGUCGUUCGUGCAAUAACAAUCUGUUUCCAGAAAGAGCGAGUGAAAUGUAAAGGAAAAACAUGCCGCGGCCGAAAGAAGCAGCAGUUUUGGGCAAGGACAAAAGGCUGCAAAUAUCAACAGCGAUGAAAAUUGAGACGAAUCGCUCAUUGCUGGAGCAACUCCUGCACGAAAUCUACCGCGAUGUGCCUGCCCUGAGCUCUCCCUCGGAAGGAAGCAUAGAGCCCUUUUGGGACUUUGUGCCCAUCUUUGAAACUGGGCUGAAUUCCAUGCGGACUCGCGCAGAGGCUCUAAGAGCGCAGGUUAAGUCCCUUGGCUCGCACCUCGGACGACAGCUCCGCAUUCGCGACACUCUUCGCAGAAAAUGCGACCUUCAGUGUGAAGUGGUCACGGCCCUCCUCAGGGCGUAUUCUGCUUCAAGAGGCGAGGAUGCGCGUGUCCGAUUCAGUGUGGUGCCACCACCAUCGGACAGUGGCUUCGUACAGUGGCGCGACGCGAUGAAAAUGGUAGCAAGAAUGCCAGGUGGCAUACCUGCAGAGUUCCGUCGGAGGCUCUGGCUGACGCUGGCCGAACGGCAUCUGACGGCGCGAGGAGUUGACUGGCCACAAACUGAGCGCGUGAUUUUCAGCGACACAAGCAACCCUGAUGACGAGGAGCUUGGCGUCCAAAUUGUGAAAGAUCUACACAGGACGGGUUGCAGCUUAUUUUGCGGAGCCUCAGGCGAGCACAACCAGGCGCUUCUCAAAAGAGUGCUUUUGGCGUAUGCCAGGUGGAACAAAAAUGUGGGCUACUGCCAAGGCUUCAACAUGCUUGCUGCUCUAAUUCUUCAGGUCAUGGACAAGUCUGAGGCGGAUUCGGUUAAAGUUAUGAUUCUGCUUAUUGAGGGUGUUCUCCCCGACGGCUAUUUUGCGAGCAACAUGUGCGGAUUGUCCGUAGAUAUGGCCGUCUUCCGUGAGUUGCUGCGGCUUCGACUGCCAAGACUGUCCAGACACCUUGAGGCUCUCCAAGCGGAGGCCUCUGGCGCUGGAUACGAGCCGCCUUUGACUAAUGUUUUUACGAUGCAAUGGUUCCUCACGCUAUUUGCAAAUUGCCUUCCGCACAACACAGUCCUGCGUCUUUGGGACUUGGUGCUUCUUGAAGGCAACGAAAUUCUCCUUAGAGCGGCCCUGGCGAUAUGGUCGUCAUUGCAAGAGCGGAUCCUUGCCGUUGAGAGCGCUGAUGAGUUUUACAGCAUCAUGGGCGUACUGACCAGGGAAAUGCUGGAAUUUGGACUUUCAGAUGCAAAUCAACUAAUCAUGGCUGUAAUCGCCGUGAAGCCUGUGACUGAACUGGCUGAUCUGCGGGACAAAUUCACCUACAACAUCACGCCCUGGGGUGGUGCUGUUGGGGCUGCUCGGCGAGGACUGCGCCUGUUGCAGCUUGACGAUGACACUGACGAGGACAUGGAUGACGAUAAAAUGGCUGUGGCAGCUUUCGGACUGGGGUCAAUGUUUGGAGGUCGGAGGGCCUCCGUGGACAGAGAACGGCUUAACUUGGACAUCAGUGCUUUGAAGCAGCAAUACUCGAGGCUUAGAGUCCGUCAGAGACAAGCACAUAUUAUCAUUUCAGCCGCCUGCUCGCGAGCUCCUGGCCCGUCCAGACCCGUCACAGCUCCAGUAGUCAUGAACCAUUUGCUUCUAGGGCGGACGGCGCUUCGGGAUGGUCCUCGGCGCUCCUCUUCCGCCGCACUGACCCAGUUGCAUACUCCGCAGAAAUCAAUCAAACAAGUGCCAAAGAGAAAGUCUCUAGGGGCCACCGGAACCACUAUUCGGUGGCACGAAAUGAAGACUGGCAGAAGCCCUUCGCCUCCUGAGGGUGAGAGGUCUUCAUCGUCAACCUCGACGGCGUCCAGCAGCACAGAACUCUGUGAUUCAGAUGAAAGUGAUAAUGAUGACGUCUCUCCGCUCCCGUCUUUGUCGCUUCCUAAGCCAGAAGAAACAGAGGUACCAGACGCCCCUGAAGUUGCUCCAGUAGCCAGUCUUGACUUGAGUGAAGUCUUUGACGAGAAACCAAGCAAAGAUGACACCUCUGAAGAAAAACGGCUUGAUUCUGAAGGACCGCAAAUUUCAGAAGCCCCAGAAGACCGAUCGCGAAUUUCAGAAGCCCCAGAAGGCAGACCGCAAAUUUCAAAAGCCCCAGAAGACAGACCGCAAAUUUCAGAAGCCCCAGAAGACAGACCGCAAAUUUCAGAAGCCCCAGAAGGCAGACCGCAAAUUUCAGAAGCCCCAGAAGACAGACAGCAAAUUUCAGAAGCCCCAGAAGGCAGACCGCAAAUUUCAAAAGCCCCAGAAGGCAGACCGCAAAUUUCAGAAGCCCCAGAAGAAAGAAAUCGAAUUUCAGAAGCCCAUGAAGACAGGCCCGACACCUUGGAAGUGAUACCACCGAUGUCGUCAGUUCUUUCACCCAUGGAUUCGCCGUUUGAACUAAUGCCACUGUCCCCUGUUCCCCCAGAGUUACCACCAGUGAUUUCCCCUGUAAAAUCUUCAAUUAAAUGUUCUACUGAGGUGUUAGCCAAACUCGGUUCGCCUUUAAAUAGUCUUUCUCCGCUAAAAGAGAGCAGUCACAUUGAGACUUCGAAUGCUCCUCAAUCUUUGCAAUCAGAUAUUUUAAUGUCACUCUUAACCAGCGACCAAGCUGAAGGAACAAAUAACUCGGUAGAUUUAAUUGACUACCUGACGUCAAUAACUCCGCCAGAGAAAUAUUCGUGCUCCCCAAAUGCAGAUAACCAACAGACACUUUUGUCGCCCAAUCCGCCGUCCCAAUCAGAUUCUAGUUCUUCUGAUUACUCGUUCCCAUUCGAAUUCAUGCAAAAAAUAACGAUUCCUGUUCUUUCCCCACGUGAAAUGACACCCACUCAACCAUUACCCACUUCACCUGAAUUCCAAGCAAUAGAUUUCGCUUUCACUGACAAAGUAGAAAAUGAAGCAAUAGAUAAUUCUCAAAAAGCAUGUACCUCAUCUAUUUCUUUAACUACUGAAAUAGGAUUAGAAGAUAAUAUUAAUGAUGAAAAAAUAGAAACAACUAGUGUGCACGACUUAGUGUGUGAUGCAGAACAGGGAGUAAUUCCUCCAGUGACGCGAAAACUGCUGAACUUCAAGUUUCCGUCGCUUUCAUUUGACGACGAUGAAGAAGCAGAAGAAACAACCAAGGACGGAGGAGACCUUGUUGAAACAACUGAGGCCCUGUUAGUCAAUUUGACAGACAUUCCGACUGAACAUCGUUCCAACGAAACGGACUUUCAAAAUCUUGAUGAAAGUGAGGAACCUGAAAAGAAUUCUAAUGUGAUACAAGAGAUUGAAAAUUCAUCCCCAAAAGCACCAAGCACAGAUAAUUUAACUCUUCUCUUAGUGGAUGUAACCUGUCCAGAUGCACCUGCACCACAAUUAACUAUUGAACCCCUGGUUACUGGCUCGAUUGAAAACCCAAGCGUCCAACUCUGCACCGAAUUUCAAAGCAUCGUUGAGAGCCCAUCGGAAGCUACAUCAGUGAAACCUCUCCAGCCAUCCGACUCAAUAAGCAACAUGCCCGACCUACUUCAGUCUACAGCGACAGCGGAUUUGUCGCCCAUUAACUCCAUGUUGGAACCAGUCACCCCUCCAAAAGCGAUUUCUCCGCUGUCACCACUUCUGGACGCGUCAAGCACACGAAAGCGCUGGACUGUUGCACUUUGCGAAGCUACGGAGCAAGAGGAGGAGGAGUUGGAAGCCACUUCAGGAGAGGACGGGGACGCUGCGCAGAGGAGAGAGCGCGCGUUCCAGGUGAUCAGGGAAAAUUCCGAGAUUCUCCAACGCAUCGUUCAGCAACCACCUGCGAGAGCGGCAGGCUGGGGUCGGGCCAUGAGCGAGGACAGACCAUACAGCCCUUUUCCAAAAGCUAGGCAACCAAACCGCGACGCAGGUAUUCGACUUGGUCUCUACAAGCAACCCAAGUGACUUAAAACUUCUUGCCACGCGCGCCAAAGCAGCCUUGCCGCUUCCUGCGGCCCCACUGUUGUUUGCCAACCCUAAUGGCACUGACAUUGAAUGUAAUAACUUAAAUUGUACGCAGAUUUAAAUAAACAAAAGAGUGGAGGGUCAGAUAUUUAA